UGCCCCUCCCCUCGCAGUGUUACCACGGAGAUCAUAACUUGGAAUCUAGAGACAGAGGAUCAUAAACACAUGGCACGCUUUCCAGGCCUUCUGACUGCAGGAAUAAGUUCUCACCUGCAGUUCUGUUUGGGUUUCUGUAUGGGAGAGCGGUGCAUGCGCCUGUGGAACCUGGCCUCUAGAAUCAAUGACCAGACUCUAACAUACAACAUACACAGGGCACAGAAUGAUGGCACUCAGGAGAUCAUGCCUGUGGACAAAUAUCCCAGCUAUGUAGUGUGCCACGGGAUGCGUCCUGGUACCGUGCGGGUGUGGAACAUAAGCCGAGCAAGCUUUAGGGGUCGGCCAGUUCGAGUGGAGCAUGGCUUAUUCUCCAGCGCUGACGUAGCUUUGGCUCGAGACCUCAGACUGUACAUUCUGACAGACCGCGGAAUGGCCACCUUCACUGAUACACCCACACCAGUGUACCAGACACUGCUGGUAUAUGAUCUCCUAACCAGAAGCUAUGUUAAGAGGCAGUCAGGUCUCUUCAUUGUACCCUGUCCUCAGCAGGACUACCGGCUCCUGAAGGGGGAGCUGCUGCUUGGCCUCUCCGAGAACCGAGACCAUCUGAUAUUGUGGGACCUGGAAUCUGGCUACAUUAAAGGACGCAUUAAAACAUACCAUAGAGAGUCUCUGCUGACCAGCACCCCACUCAAAGACAUACAGUCCCAGACUGUGUCCACUGGAGCGAGGAAAGGUUUGCUGAUGCCUUGGGACUGGCGCACGGAGAGCCACACAGCCAGGAAGAGGAGGCAGGAGUGUGAAGUGCAGAGAGAGAAAGAAGAGCAGCGCUGCUUAGAGAGAGAAAAACACAACUCCAUAGACCAAUACCUCCUCAGUGGAGAUGAAAAAGUGGUAGUAUGCUCCUACUUCGCCCACCAUCUAAAUGUCUUUAGUGUAGUUACCCAGGAGCACCUGCACACUCUUGAAGAUCGUUGGUCCCUUCUGGGCCUCCGUAUUGCAGCACUCACACACUCAGGAGGACACCUGGUCAUCUCUAACUACAGCGAAACCCAGCGAUCUCCUUACCUCACUCUCUGGAACACGAAGCAUGGCAGGAUACAAAAGAGACUAAAAAAUGAGCCUGGAAUUUGUUGUGUGGCCAUCACCAGUGAUGCCAGCAGAAUCGCUUUUGGCAUUUCAAAAUGUAACAAAUUAAAGGUGUGGGAGCCAUUUAGGAGAAAGCACAAAACCAUCUCUGGAUACAGGGGCCUGAAGCUGGAUGUGUCCAGCCAGCUGUAUAUCACUGAUGGAGGAUCCAAAGCCAUUCUGCUAGCAGAUGAGGUGAGCGUGUGGGACCUGGAUGCAGGGACGGUUCUGUCAGUCUUCACGCCGGACUCCAGAAUCCAGUGCAUGUCUGUACUGAGCAAUGAGAACAGCAGUCUCCUUGUGGGUUUCAGUGACACCCCCGCCCUCAUCAGCAUGACUCUCAGCAAGCAGGGGCUCACGACAGCAAGCAGAGACAAACGCCAGGACCAAAUGUUUGGGGAGUCGAGCAGCAGUGAGGAAGAGGAGGAACCAGAGUCAAAUAGGGUCAGAUAAGAGGACAGGUUGAGGGGGAUGUAGAGGACAUGUAAAGGACCAUUCCAGUGUUUUUCAACCUAAUCUCUGUCUGCUGCAUCUGUACCAUACUAUCAGUUACAUCAGACGGUCAUUUGUACACAUUUCUCUGUACUUAGAAAAUAACUGAAAACCCACUGACCGUUGGGCAGUUGCUGAAUUCCAUGAUUAAACAUUUAAAAGUGUGACUAUAUACCACAAAUUCAAAACUACAAACAUGAAUGACAUACAGUACUGUGCAAAGGUUAUAGUCACCAAGUAUUCUAUUUAAAAAGAUAUUAAAUUGGGCACUAAGUGUUUAUUUGCUCAGGAAACACAAAUAUUACAAUAAAUACAAAUAAUAAAUAACAACAGUACAAUAAGUAUAGAUUUUAUGUCUUUCAGUGUGUUUAAUCUUUUCCAAACCUUCCCUCGAGGAAGCCCAGUUUUGUUUGUAGCUACUAAACAAUACCUGGUUUGACUAUUCAGUAUUUCAUCGCAUUAGGUCAGAUGUGCUCCUGAUGGAAUUUAACAAAUCUGUGUGAUGGCUGGAGGCAACAGGAGGCAAUUGGAAACAAACCUGUGUUCUUCUAACCAGCUCACAAGAUAUCAAUUCAAAAAUACAAUAUUUUUAUCUUCUCUUACAAAG